ACUAGGAAGGUUUUGUAAAGAAUGGAAGUUGGUAGAAAAAUAAUAGUUUGCUUGCUAAUGAUCAUUACAAUGGGGUCUUACAGAAUAGAAGGCAGAGAACCUGUGUUGCACAGGGUUGGAGGUGGAAGGUAUACUUGGGAUCCAAAAAUUAACUUCACAAAUUGGGCAAGUAAUGAGCACUUUUACCAGGGUGAUUGGCUAUAUUUUGGUUUUGAUAAGCACAUCUAUAAUGUUCUUGAGGUGAACAAAACAAAUUAUGAGAAAUGUGUUGAUAAGGGCUUCAUAAGCAACAUCACGAGAGGAGGAAGAGAUGUUUUCCAACUCUUAGAGGCAAAGACAUAUUACUUUCUAUGUGGUAGAGGCUUUUGCUUCCAUGGAAUGAAGGUUGAUAUUAACGUUGAACCACUCCCACCUGACAAUGCCUCUCCAAUAGUGCCCGAAAAAGCUUGUUCAACAAGAAAGAUGAAUCAAAUUAAGUUGUCGUCUGUGCUUUUAGUCUUAGCUAUGACAUGGAUCUUCUUGUAGAGAAGACAUUAGACAUAUCAAAUUUUAUCAUUUGCCUUUGA